AUGGUGUUGACCGUCCUCACCGACGACCAGAUCAAGGCGAUCCUGGCCGACCUCACAGCCGAAGAGUUUGAGGGAUUCAGGAGUGUUAUCUCACACGCUCUUCAUGAGUACUCGACGAAUGCCACUAACAUCGAGGAUGGCACCUACCACCAACCGGAACGCAUCUCAACUGAGAACUUCAAGACCGGCGCAAAGACUCUGUACAUGCCCUCCGUCGGGCCCCAAGGGAUGGGCUGCAAAGUCGUGACCCUGAGCUCAAGCAAAGCAACUCAAGACCCCUCAAAAGAACCCAUCCAGCCAACAGGCGCCGUCACCCUCCUCUCACCCUCAGGCGAACCCGUCGGCUUCCUCCACGCAAAGACCCUAACCGCCUUCCGCACCGCCCUCUCCUCCACCUGCCUUCUCGCCCGGCGCGGCCAGGUCAAGACAGUAACAUGCUUCGGCGUCGGUCUGCAGGCCUACUGGCACAUCCGCCUGGCCCUGCUCAUCAGGGGCUCGACCAUCAAGCACGUCAACAUCAUCAACCGGCGUUUCUCAGACCAGGCCCGCGUCUUCCUCAAGCAGUUCUACCACGUGCCGGCACACAUCAAGGAGCGCGAGGGGUGGGCCGAGACGACCUUCAGCAUCCUCACGCCCGGCUACGGCGAGUUCGCGCGGCUGCAGAGGGAGCAGAUCAGGGACGCCGACGUCGUGUACACCUGCACGCCGUCGACGGAGGAGCUUUUCGACGCGGAGGGGCUGACGAGCCAUGAAGGGCGGAGGAAGGGAAGGCUGGUCUGCGCCAUUGGGAGUUAUACGUCCAGGAUGAGGGAGCUGCCGGUGGGUUUGCUGCAGCAGGCCACGAAGCAGGAGAAGGCGCAUUGGCAUUUCCACAAGCAUGCACCCGAGGGGGGUGUUGUAGUCGUUGAUACGUUGGAUGGGGCGUUGAAAGAGGCGGGUGAGAUUAUCGCAGCCGGGCUGCAGCCUACACAGCUCGUCGAGCUUGGAGAACUGAUCAUGCUACGGCGCAUGCGCGCGGAAGAGGAGUCCGAGGACGGGGAGACGGCGAGUAUCGAUCCAUCCGAGCUUGACAAGCUCGACUUCACGGGGACGCCAUCAAUCAAGUCGGCUUUCACGAGCUCGGACGGGGAUUCGAGAUCGUCGAUUAGCAAGGACUCGACGAGUAGUGGGAAGGGACCGCGUUUGCACCGCCGAAGCUCGAGUCAGAGGUCGACGGACAAGCACAAGAAGGAGGACGCGCUGGUGAGGUGGCUCCGGGACGGAACUGUGAUUUACAAGAGUGUUGGGUUGGGACUGAUGGAUUUGGCGGUGGGGAUGCACUUGGUUGAGCUUGCAAAGGAGAAAGGGAUUGGGACGCAAGUUGACGGAUUCUAA